GCUUCAUAUGAGCCAAUGGGGAUGUCAUUAGAUGCGAGUAACAGUAGUGGUAAGAGAAAGCACGGUGUUGGACCUGGAGAAAGUGCGAGUAGUGGUUCUGUAGCUAAGAAGGAAAAGAUGACUAGUAAAGGUAAAGGAAAACACAAAGUUGCUCACUUGGAGUCGGAAUUAGAAGGGUUUCAAAAAAUGUAUGAAAGAAGGAAUGCAUUGUUACAACAACAUUUUGAGAGAGAUAAUGAGUUUGGUCUGUCUGAGGUUAUGGGUGUAUCUAGGACCUUACCAGGUGUGGUUGAGGGAGAUGAUUUUUGGUUCAAAACUGCAAUGGUUAUGAAAGAAAAAGGAAACCGAGAAAUG